AGUUCGAACGCCAUGGGAUAAAGCAUUUUAGCAAAAGUAAGCAGAAUAGUCUGAAAUUAAAGGCAUAGUAGUAGUAAGUAGCAUAUCCAUUCUCUCAACCAGCCAUGGAAGGAGAAUGAAUAUAUAUGUUGUUCCAAGUAAAAUUCCUACUUACAAUCCAAACCAUAGGCUUAUACAUAUAAAGGAGUAUCAAUGUCCAUCUCCAAGUAAAAGUUCAAGGGAAAGACAAAAAAGAGAGAGGCAAGGAAGGAAGGGAUAGAAACGAAGAAAAGAGAUGAGAUAGAUCAAGAGAGAGGGAAGGAUGAGGAUCUUACCUAAGUCCUAACCAUGGUUGGUGGGUUAGAGAGGAAGAACCCAAAGGAACCAAAAUAUCUCCUUGGGUUACAUGCAAAAUGCUUUGGGAACUCCACUACCAUUGAUGGAGUUCUUUGAUGAUGAAAUGUUAUGCUAAAUGCAACAACAAAAAACACUAUUCCUUCUAAGGUAUUAGUAGUGACAAUUAAGGGGCUAAUACUCCCAAAGUCUUAGCCAUAAAACGAAAUUUUACAAGAAAGAAACAAGUGUUAGUAAAAAGACUUUUCCUUCCCUUUCCAUAAGAGAAGAUUUGGCUGGUUAAAAUAAAGUUGUAAUGUUUGC